CCAUCUCUUAAGGGACCCGUAAGCAUGCAACAUGUGCCCUCAACGCCGUAGCUUACCCUGCUUUCCACACGAGUAAACCUACAGGAGAACGUUCAUCUGGUCUCAGAAUGGCACAGGGGAGGUGGUCACUCAGGAUGGAUUAUACUAAACAAUCAGUACAAUCAGUUCACUUGUCCAAGUCACACAGACAAAGAGCCAUUUGUUGGUCCAACACAAAACCUCUGUUCUUCACUUGGCUCAAACAUGCUUAAAGAAUUACAUCGCACACUAGCACACAAAAAAAAAAAAAAGACAGCUCGCGCCUCACAUCAUUGAUUAAAAUGCAGGAUGGUACUCUCCCUUACUAGCCAACGGGAUAACUAGGACCGAGAAUUAGUAUUUUGAUUGGAUGACCGCAUUGGCCGGCUGAAGAUGCUCAAACUGUCUGGCAACUGCUACGACAAAAUGCUCGUCGGGAAAAAUCAAAAGGUGGACAAUUGACGAAGUCGGAGAAAUCUGAUUAUUUCAACACUACAAAAGGGAGGUAAAAAAAAAAAACUAUGGACAGAGAAAAUAGCAAUCCUUCUCCACUGGACCGGGACGGGAUGGAGGGGAAUACAAACAGGGUGGCAUCCCAGGUGGUGGAGAUCAUCAGUGGGAUGAGUCUGGGAGCCAUCCAGUCUCUGGAGCAGGCUGUGGAGGAGGAGGGAGAUGACUCUGUGUUCUAUGAUGAGGGUGAUGCUCCAUUAGAUGGGGAAGGAAGGUCUUGUCCCUUGGUCUGUGGGUCCACCGAGAAAUCAGCUCAACCACAGAAUGGGAAGGUGAGCCUACUUAAGGCUGAGGCAGCCGGUGUAGUCAUGGAGAAUGGAACAGGGAAAGAUCCCAUCACGGAAGGAGGCAAACAUCGGAGCUCUGCCCUUUCGGGUAAGGGUGAUACUGGGCCACAUCACAUCGCCAGUGGCCGAACUAAGCCCCAGACAGAAACAUUGGCACAAAUCCCAACUCAAACACUUGCAGAGCCACAAAAACAUACAAGACAGGACACAAUGAUGAACAAAGCUUCUGUUUCAUACAAGAUGGAGGUGAAAGAUACACAGGAGCAGACACCUGUUACCACUCCCCCGCCUGUAGCUGAGGAACCUCAGCUAUACAGGGCGGCAGAGGCCCCAUGCUCCUCUGGUGACGAGCCCAAUAGUGCGAGUCAGGAUGAGGAGGACACAGACAAAGGUUCCCAGGAUUCCCUGGCCUGUCAGGGUACAAGUUCCCAGUCCUCAGAAGGACAGAAGUCUGGCCGGCCCAGUCAUCAGAAAUCAUCCGACCACAACACCAGUUCCAAAUAUAGCACUGUCUCCUACAGGAAGAUACGCAAAGGUAACACUCGCCAGAAGAUCGAUGAGUUUGAGUCCCGGAUGAAUCUAUAACAUUACAUCAAGUUAACAUCUUGAAGAUGGUGCAGCUUUACUUCAACUGCAUGGAGCUGGAUGGGGGCAUGCUAAACCAGUCGCUAUGCAAAUUGGAAUAACGAUCACCUAUCGUCGUUGGUUAAGUCUGUCUAAUACACAAUCCUAACAGAUUUUCAGUGUAUCAUAUUUCAAAUAUUGACAUCUCACUGUAACGUUAAGUCCCUACUGAAGCCAAAAGAAUGACUGACAUGUAAAGAGUUCUCACAGACUUGGAAUGACUGCUGAGAGGAGCUCAAUAUGCAUAGUAGUGUUAUUUAAUUAGAAAAUUAGCAGGGAACAUUUGAUUAUGUAUGGCAGGUAUUUGAUAAGCAGAUUAAAAAAAAAAAAACAUUUUUUAAAAAGAGGCUUGGGGAGCUAAUAAUCCUACUAGCAAAACUUUACAACUUGCAUUCCCCAGGGGCUCCUGGCCUGUAAACAUUUCAAUACACUUUGCUAAGCACUGCAAAUCUGAAUUUCAGGUGAUCAACCCUAUAUGUAAAGUUCUGCUAUUUAAAAUGUAUACACACACACACACACACACACGUUCACCUUAGGCUAUAAGAACUGAACCAACUAAUAAUGUUAAACCCCUAUAACACUGUAAUAUUUCCAUGAGUACAGUGUACAUGUUCUCCUGGAAUAUCUGUUUUUGUGGAAAAAGAACAUUAAUAUCUAUUCAUUAAAAGGAAAUUAACAUUGAUGUGUGUGAGUUUGGAGAAAGAAAAUCCCAUCGUUCAUCUUUGGUAUCAACAGUUCCCUCUAUUGUUAAAGAAAUGUACAUACAGUAUGCACUAAACCUACAACCAUAGUAAAAAAAAAAACAAGCAGCUCUUAUUAUACCAGGCGAGCC